UACGUAGCCUUUCAGCGGAUCUGGGGUCUGGGAUCCGGGUCGAGUGUUUUUUUUCAGGAGGCAGAAAAAAACACACGUAGCCUUCCCGGCACGUUUGUACGCGGGGUGAUAUUGACUGUCGCAGGAAAGCGACAUGACUCUGGAUUAGACUCGGUGAUGAGGACCGAUCUGCGGUAGUCAGAUCAACUUUAUCCGCCGCAGUCCAAACGGAGCGCAGAGGGACUGAGGGGGAUCGGAAUUUACCGGUGACAAGUCUGCGAGGGGGAAAACGGGAAAAGAGGAUCCACUCGUUACAUGGAGUAACCUUCAAAAGAGUCACCAUCACAAUCUAGGUCUGAGGAGCCAAGUCGAUGAAAAGUCCCCCCGGAAACACCAACUUUUCCCAACUUUUAGUUCUGCUCUAACUCCGAGGAACAGCUCCGGCCAUGGCGAAAAAGUAUGAUUUCCUUUUCAAACUGCUACUCAUCGGGGACAGCGGAGUGGGCAAAACAUGUCUGAUCAUUCGUUUUGCUGAGGACAAUUUCAACUCCACGUACAUCUCCACCAUCGGCAUCGACUUCAAAGUAAAAACCAUUGACGUGGAUGGGAAGAAAGUGAAACUACAAGUCUGGGACACAGCAGGGCAGGAGAGGUUCAAGACCAUUACGACGGCCUACUACAGAGGAGCCAUGGGUAUCAUCCUGGUCUACGACAUCACGGACGAGAAGUCCUUCGAAAACAUUCAGAACUGGAUGAAGAGCAUCAAAGAAAAUGCAUCAGCUGGAGUCAGCCGAAUGUUACUAGGUAAUAAGUGCGACAUUGAAGCAAAGCGGAAGGUUUCCAGGGAGACGGGAGAAAAGCUGGCCAAAGAUCAUGGCAUCAGGUUCUUUGAGACCAGUGCAAAGUCCAGCAUUAACGUGGAGGAGUCUUUUCUGUCUUUGGCACGUGACAUACUACAGAAAUCCAGCAAGAAACCAGGCCCCACAGGGCGAGAGGUGAAAAUCACGAGCAGCACAGAGAAAAAAUCCUCCAAAUGUGUUCUUCUCUAGACGGAACGCGGGCUAGCACGCAUAAGAAAGCGCCACACAAAUUUAAGAGCACAUCCGCAUCACUGGGGAGCGAUAGAGUACAGUGGGUUGUCUGUCGCCAUCUGGUGGUUGAAAAUGUCAAUUACAUUGAAAAUGUCAAUUACAUACAGGUGCUAUGCAAAGUGUACUCUACCAGAAAAAUAAUUUAUGGAUUCCUCCUUUGGGCCGAAAUUUUAUUGAGGUCGUGUAAUUUCACACGACAGAUCUUCUGCCACAUCUCCUGCGAUGGUCAUGAAAAUGGUGCAAAGUGGGCAUCCUAGAUAAUCACCAAGCAGUUCCCAUCAUGUGUAGUUAAGAUAUAUAUUUGUAUUUCCGCCUUGUGUUUCUCUGGCUCAUCACAACACGAUCAUCCCUACAUCAGUCACUGCGUCAUGUCUUAAAGGAACCAGGUUUUCAGGAUCUUUUUGGACUGGUUAGCUGUGUAAAAAAAAAAAACACGCCUCAGCUUAAUGGAACCAUUUUUUAUGUGUGGCUUUUAGGAGCUCAGUGGCACAAGAGGAGUUUGACGGGAAGUGUUUUGAUUCACACACACAGCGGGCUUCCAGUUGUAGUCUUUGACACAAAUUUUUGCUAUUUCCUGUUCAUCUUAAAUUCAACUUGCCACGGACUUCUCAUAGAUUCUGUUAGGUGGUUUAAAUACUGGGCAGAAUUGGUAAAUUUGUUCAUUAGUAAGUCACAAAAGGCAUCUGCGCAAUGUGGCAAACAGUCAUUUUUUAAUAAUUUUCAACAGUACUGCACAGUCUUCAUCAUUAGAACCACAUUUUUGUGACACAUAAAUAUAUUGCAGAGAUGUGAUAGACUGAACACUCAGAUUUAAAUGCUGGCUAAAUUUCUAGUUAUGUUUUAUUAUGUCUAUGUUGUGCCUGUCCUUUAAGAACUGCUGAAAUGUUUCAGUGGUGCACUGUAUUUAAAUGCAUUCAACAGAAUCUACAGUAACAGAUGCCACUGAGUCUCUAGCAUGGACCUUUUCUGGGUAAAUUCCUGUGAGAAGCUGGCAUCACGCUCUCACAUUUAUGGAUUUAACAAGUUGUGGAUGUCGGUUGUAUGGAGUUGAAUCUGAAACCAGCACUGGUGAUAAACAAGCCUUGUUUUAACUGAUGAAUGGAUAUAGAAUGUGGAAGACAGGAAUAGAGAUAAGUGCAAUAUGAGAAGAUGAGUGAAGAGAUGAAAGAAUGAUGGAUAAUGCAAGUGAAUGGACAGGAUGUGCGCGCAUGCCCAUCAUUUUGAAUUGAUUUAGUGGUCUUGCCUUUUAUCUGAAGUGCCUGAUAGAUCUCUUACUAAACACUAUCACACAUUAGCUACGUCUGACAUGACAGUCUCCCUGUUAAGGCAAUUUCGCAUCAUUAAAGAUCACUCUGACUGUACAUUGGGUGCGCAUCCGAUCCUGACAGACGUGCUGUAUUUCCUGUAUCUACUUUUUUAUGUAGUUCUUUUUAGAUGUUCCACAACAUUUUGUAUGUAGUUUACAGACCUGCCGCUUGCUGAAUAAACCAUGAUGUGUGUGAUGUA